AUGAGUGAUCCGAAUGAUCGGGAUCGGUCUCUUCACAUUUCUCCUACUUCUGUACCUACAGCUAUACCGCCUCCUCCCCUCUCUCCACACUCCCGACUCAAGAAAAAUCUCAAGCAGAAGGUUGCUGAACAUCAGUUUCGGCGGAAUAGAGAUGGGAGUGCGGGGUGUAGUUGUGAGUAUGAUGUGUUGGUGGGAGAUGAAGAGAAGGAGGUGCAUUAUCGAAUGCGGGUUUUUCGAGAGGCGCUGAGGAAUGCGUUGGGUGUGCAGAGGGAAAUGGGAUUGGAGGGGGUGGGGAGUGGGGGGAAGGAGGAGGAUGGAGAGGGAGAGGGAGAGGGAAAGAAACCGGUGAUGCAGAGGAGAGGGGCAAGUGAGGGGGUGAGAGAAGGUGGAUUUACGGGACCGAUGAGGAUGGAGAGGGAGAGGGAGAGGAAAGAGGAAGUCGCGCCGAGGGAUUUGGGGGAGUUUUUAGAGAAAUAUGAUCCCAGGCCGGAGGAUUUACCGGAUGUGUGA